AUGUCUUUACUCACCAAUUAUGAGGGGCUUCGGCAUCAGAUCGAGAGGCUGGUGCGGGAAAACGAGGAACUGAAGAAGCUGGUGCGGCUUAUUCAGGAGAAUCAUGAGCUCAAGUCGGCGAUCAAGACGCAGGCGGGUGGCCUGGGCAUCAGCGGGUUCACCAGCGGGGUUGGCGAGGCAGCGGCUGGCUCUUCCCAACGCCAGGGUGUCUUCCUGUCCCCGUCCCCGGCAGCAGCAAACGAACCUGUCCUGGAAGAAGUGGGGAUAGUGGCUCUGGCACCCCUGGCCGACAUGCUAAACAGUCCACAGCCUAGCUCCGCAUCUGGACCCAUCGUGAGCCCCCUGAUGGGCCCUCUCAACACACUGCUGCCUGGCCCAGGGCCCACGUCCCAGAGCAGCCCACUCACCAGCCUUCUGACCGGCCCCCUGAGCAGCCACCUGGCGGGCACACUGGCCAGCUCCCUGGGCCUGCCUUCUACUGGCCCCCUGACUCCAAGCAACCAUCUGGCCAGCCCCGUGGCGGUGUCCCAGGUGGGCACACUGACCAGCUCCUUGGGCCUGCCUUCCACUGGCCCCCUGACUCCAAGCAGCCCCCUGAUGGCCCCUAUGACAGGCACGGUGGACGUCUCUCUGAGCAGCCCCCUGCUCACCUCCACGGCGGCCCCUCUAGGUGUGUCUCAAAACCUUCUGGCCAACCCCAUUAGCAAUGGGGUGCUGUCAGAGGCUCCAAGGGUGCGGCUGGCAGAGCCGCUCCAAGGAUGCCCCUCUGGACCCCAUCCCUCAGCCGGCACGGGGCCUGCUGCCACCUCCAAAGUCCCACUCUCCACUGAGCACCCCUGGCCAACCCAGGACCCAGAGCCCCUCAGUGUGACAUUUGUGGGUGUGCCCAUCCAGACCUCCACCCCCAUCGGUACCGGGGGCACUCCUGGCCCCAUGACGGCCUUCUCCUACAGCCCCUCAGAGGCCCAGACCCAGCCUGGUGCCCCUCAGGGACAAGCGGUUCCUGCCUCUGACUCCACCUCCCCAACUGCCCCCCCCACUGUCACAGGCCUCCUCUCUGCCCCUACUCCCGCCCCCCAAGCUGCCACCAACCACACCCCCUCGAGCACCACCCACAUUGCCCAGCCCAUCCCCCACUGCCCCUCCCGGGAGCACCACUCCCCUACCCAGCCCUCACCCACCCCCCACUCCCCUCCACGCAACCGCCACUCCCCACCUCGAACCUCAUCUUCCCCGGCUUCAGUCAACAACACCCGGGGUCCACGUGUCACGGAAACAUCUCGGAAAAGCAUCCUGGAGUUGGAGCGGAAGCUGGCCCACCGAAAGGCCAGCAAGUUCCCUGACAGCUCCCGAGAUUCGAAGCAGCUGGCCUGGGAGAGGCUGGUGGGGGAGAUCGCCUUCCAGCUGGACCGCAGGAUCCUGUCCAGCAUCUUCCCCGAGCGUGUGCGCCUCUACGGCUUCACUGUCUCCAACAUUCCAGAGAAGAUCAUCCAGGCCUCCCUGAACCCCAGCAACCACAAGCUAGAUGAGGAGCUGUGCCAGACGCUCACACAGCGCUACGUGAGCAUCAUGAACCGGCUGCAGAGCCUGGGCUACAAUGGGCGAGUGCACCCGGCACUGACCGAGCAGCUGGUGAACGCCUAUGGCAUUCUGCGCGAGAGGCCCGAGCUGGCUGCGUCUGAGGGCAGCUCCUACACAGUGGAUUUCCUGCAGCGCGUGCUGGUGGAGACUGUGCACCCCAGCAUGCUCACUGAUGCACUGCUGCUGCUCUCCUGCCUCAGCCAGUUGGCGCACGAUGACGGCAAGCCCAUGUUCAUCUGGUGA